GCGCGACAGUGGCCACCUAUCGACUGGCUCUCAGUAGGCUCUGAGUAGCUCGUGCAGCUCCGAAACUGCUGCAUUAGCUCAGCGACAGGCUCAGCAGCUCAGUCAAGCCAUGGCGCCGGCCUCGCCGACCGGCCCUGCUACUCGAACUCGCCAUGGUCAGACUCGAGCGAGUGCAGCUUCAGCGAGCUCCGCGCACUCUGGGGAAGCCUCGGGAGGUGCUAGCACGACCAAUAUGGCAGCUGCGACGGGUGACAGAGCGUCGACGAGUCGGUCGCCCAGCGUUUCUUUGCCAGCCUCUGGCUCGGUUGGCCUAGCUGGCUCUUUGCCGCCUUCCUCUCUGUCUGGCGGCCGAGAUGAGCAGACCUACGCCGCCAGACUGAGCGAUCCAUCUCUGCCGACCUCUGUCAAGCUCAAUCUGGCUUCAGAGAUCCGAGAUAGGAUCGAUCUCUAUCAGCGUGACAGCGAGUAUAUCCACUUUCUCGACCACUUGCUGCCCGUCAUCCUGGCCAUACUCAAGGAGGGCAAGGUCACCUUCAACACCAAUACGAACGAGCAACGUCUGCGCCAUGUCCUGAUCGAGACGCUACACAGGAUACCUCAUUCGGGCAAGCACAAGGACCACGCGAUGGAAAUGAUGGUCGUCGCUCUCCAGCUUGUCAGGACAGACAAUGAAGACAACGCUUGCCUCUGCAUGAAGAUCUUGAUUGAUCUCCAUCGCUCAUACAAGGACAUCUUGGCGCCUACGGUCGAUCAAUUCCUGUCGACUGUCAAGGAAAUCUACGCAGGCAUGACCGAUGCCGUCCCAAGAGUCUUUGGCACCAAUCCCGAUGGCACCGGUGGCGAAGCCGUACCAGAUGUGCUGCCUUCCAAUGCGUCGAAAGACCUGGUUGCAAGUCAUCCCAAUAUCAUCCCGACUGGUAUGACGAGCUUCAAGCUUCUGACCGAGUGUCCAAUCGCAAUCGUCUUCCUCUUCCAAACUUACCGCGAUGUCGUCAGCCGAGAGAUAGAAGUCUUUGUGCCCCUCAUCUUUCAAUUCCUAAGCUUGCAACCUGCUCCUCAAGCUUACGCGCACGAGCAAGCUAAGCUCGCAGGUGACCUUCAUAUCGGGAUCGCUGCAAACAUGCAACGCAAGCGCGCAAGGUUUCAGGAUCUCCUAGUAGCUCAAGUCAAGACAAUGUCAUUCCUCGCAUACGUCUUGCGCGUUGCGGACAAGACGCUCGAGCCGUACCGUGAUCGGAUCCCUGAGAUUGCUAUCAGGCUGCUCAAAGACUGCCCGCCUGACGCUUCUUCGAACCGCAAAGAGUUGCUAGUCGCAACGCGUCACAUUCUGUCGACGGCUUUCAGGAGUGCAUUCGUCAAUUACAUCGAUGUCGUGCUAGAUGAGCGAGUCCUUGUCGGAGCUGGCGUCACACCUCACGAGACUCUUCGGCCUCUCGCCUACAGCAUGCUUGCUGAUCUCAUUCAUCACGUCCGCAUGGAGCUCAGUAUCGGUCAACUCUCUCGGGUAGUGCAAGCCUACUCUUGCAGUCUUCAUGACCCGACCUUAGCCCCUGCCAUUCAGACGAUGUGCUCCAAACUGCUGCUCAAUCUCAUCGAAUCGAUUCUCAAGAAAGAUCGUGAAGAGGCGACGAAAUUGCUCAGCUGUAUGUUCGAAGCAUUUGUCCGAAAGGUCGAGGGAAUGGCAGAGGUGCGCAAGGAAUGGACGCGGUGGGCUCGACCGAAGACUGCAAAAAAGGCCGAAGGCGAGGAAGUGGAUGAGAUCGAUAUCGAGCGCAGACGUCCUAUCGCGCCUAUGAUCGUCAUGACGGAUCCUCAGCCUGAUCCGGUCAAGGAUGCUCGCUUUUUGUUCCGCAACCUGAUCUUCGGCGUCAAGACUAUCUUGACGGCGCUGAAGCACCUCGGCUCACCCCUGCCAGAUGCGGAUCAGAUGGGUCGACUCUUCACAGGCUGUAUACAGUGUCUGUCUAUCUUCGAUACGCGACGCGAGGCCGGGCGAGAGGCGAAGGAUGUCACCGAUGGCUUCUGUGCCAUCUUCCUGAUCACGGAUCUCAUUAUCUUUCAGGAAGUCAUAGACAAGCGCAUGGCCUUCUUCCUCGACGAGCUGCUGCAGAAUCACGAGCUGCUGGCUAUUCCCCAAGCCUUCUUAUCAAACGAAGCAGUCUCACAAGCCUUUGUUGGCAUCUCAUUCCGCUUCCUAGUCGCCCGCCUCGAUGAGAUCGGUAGCGCAGACAAAGAGAAGACAAGUGUCAUGUUGCGACUCUUCAAGAUGUCGUUCAUGGCUAUCACCAUCUUUCCAGAUGUCAAUGAGAUCGUUCUGCAGCCGCUCCUGGGUCACAUCAUCAUGCAGUCGCUCAAGCUGGCGAGUAAAGCACCAGAGCCGACCAACUACUACUUUCUUCUGCGUGCACUCUUCCGCAGCAUAGGCGGAGGUCGCUUUGAGCUGCUCUACAAAGAAGUCCUGCCGCUACUGCAAGCUCUGCUCGAGAAUCUCAAUGGGUUGCUAAAUGCUGCCGAACGAUCCAAGCGAGAUCUCUUUGUCGAGCUUUGCUUGACAGUACCGGUCAGACUCAGCGUCUUGCUGCCGUAUCUCAGCUUCCUGAUGAAGCCCCUGGUAUUGGCGCUUCAAGCCGGUCCCGAGCUUGUCAGUCAGGGCUUGCGAACACUCGAGCUUUGCGUCGAUAACUUGACCCAAGAGUUCCUCAAUCCGCUCAUGGCGCCUGUCAUCAACGACGUCAUGGCUGCUCUGUGGAAGCUGUUGCGGCCUGUGCCGUUUAACCACCAGCAUGCUCACACGACUGUGCGCAUCCUCGGCAAGAUCGGAGGGCGCAAUCGACGCAAUUUGGGACCCGUUAAACUCGAAUGGCGUCCUGUCGGGCCAGAGGCGACGAUCCCCGUGCACUUCGAUGGUCAAUUGCAGACAAUCAGGCUAGCGCCUGUUGUCGAUCUUGCACUCCGCAUGAUCAGACGGGGAGAUAUCCACUACAGGCGCAAUUCGUAUAUGCUCUUCAAGCAUGCGGUCGUCAUCUUCCUGAAGGAGACUUUACCUUACGGCGAAAACGAAGACACCUUUGGCAAUACUGUCCGAGGCUUGUUUGAGUCUGCUCGUGUCGACGAGUUCAGAGAAGAAGCGACCGAGUUUCUGAUGCGCUUAGCUGAGUAUAUUUUCGCUCUCGAGCUACGACGAGAGCCGAUCGACGGUUCGAUUGGCCGACACGUCCUACCGCUCUCUUCGGCAAUGAUCGACGCAAUGGCAGAGUCGCUCGCAUCGGCAGAGUCCGAAUAUCUUCGCGAGACGGCUGCACACGUUCAGCGCAUCGUUGAGGGGCUCAUCGCUUUCAGGGAUUCUGCAGAUCCCCCGAAGCCUGCCUUCGUGCAUGCAAUCCUGAGACAACUAGCAGCUCGGCUUAGCUCGCUCUGCUACGACCAGUCUUGGCAGCGGAAGACUGGGGGUGCCACUGGUAUCGCCAUCUUGACGUCCAAGAUGCAGCUUGGUCUCAACUGGAUGCUCGAUCAUGAGCUCGAAUUCGUUCGCGCAUUGCUGUUCACGCUUAAAGACAUGCCAUCUGACCCGCCCGGUAAUGUCGGUGAAGUCUCGCAAACAUUGCUACACAUUCUGGGCACAUGUAAUGCUCCGCCAAGCGCACAGAUCGAGGCAGGCCCGGAUCCAAGUAAAAGCGCAGACGCAAUGCAAGUAGACAAGCCCAACAGCGCGAAGCUCGCUGCAGACUCUGCGCCUGCAGAAACUCCCAAGAAGAAUCCCGCACUCGCUCAGCAGUCCAAAGUGCAGAAGCACAACUUCCUUAUUGGCAUGCUGAUCAUUGAGCUGUCAAGUCAAGUCGAGACAGUACGUGAAACAGCCAAGGCAUCCCUCGAGAUCUUAUCAAAAUCGACUGGAAAGACCGUCACGGAGAUGCUUCGACCUGUGCGAGAGCGGCUGCUCGGACCGAUCUUCAGCAAGCCGCUUCGCGCGCUAGCCUUCUCAAUGCAAAUUGGUCACAUCGACGCAGUCAGCUACUGCAUCACGCUGCGUCCGCCACUUAUCGAUCUCGAGGAGAACAAAGAUCGCCCUGAGGCAUCGAUGGAGACACCCCUGCUCAGACUAUUGACGGAGGCGCUUGGUAUCGCAGACGCAGAAGACUCUGCUCUGACAGGGCGGGCAACGCAACACAAGAAUGCAGCGCUUCUGACGACACUGCGCGUCGCUUGCGUGAAGCUUUUGUCAGCUGCAAUGGCCACGCCUGAGUUUCUGUCUCCCAAAUACAAUGCGACAAGGAUGAAGACGCUGGGCAUAUAUUUCAAACUGCUCUACGUUCGCUCGCCAGAUGUCGUCAACGCUGCCUAUUGGGGCCUCAAGCAAGUACUCAAUCAGCAAGGCAAGUUGCCAAAGGACCUGCUACAGGGAGGUCUACGCCCAGUUUUGACGAACUUGUCUGACCAUAAGCGACUCACUGUGCCCGGUCUGCAAGGCUUGGCUCGUCUUCUUGAGCUGCUCACAAGCUACUUCAAGAAGGAAAUCGGUCAGAAAUUACUCGAUCACUUCCGUGCGCUUGCGGAGCCCAACGCAAUGACGACCGCCGCUUUGGCGCCUCAGAACGAGCAUGGCGAGCUCCAGAUAAUGGCCGCGAUAAUCAACAUUUUCCAUCUAUUGCCAUAUCCUGUCUCUGUCGACUUCUUGCAAGAUGUCAGCACGCUCGUCGCCGAUGUGGAGCUACAUCUCCGCAAAGCUACAGCGAGCGUCUUCACUGAGCCAUUAGCACGCUAUCUCAACCUCUAUCCUGCCGAGUCGACUGCAUUCUACUUCGCUCGCAUGAGUGAACAGCGAUUCAUGAGCAGCUUCCGCUUCGUCAUGGCAUCUGGUCAUGUCGAUGCCCUAGCGGAACGUAUCAAUGAGCAGCAUAUGGAGCUCUUCUCGCCAGCUUUCCGCGCGGAAUCACUCGACUUGUCUACGCUGCACGCUGCACUACUCAUCAAGCUAUUCUGCGAGCACGAUGCGUCGUGGAUAGUCUCGCGUCCUGGCAUAGUAGAGCUCCUCAUUGGUAGAUGGCAGUCGCCACAGCGUGCAGAGCGUCUGGGCGCACAGGGCAUCUCACAUAUGUCGCAGUUGGCCGAAGAUGCAGCGUUCUUGGACAUCUUCCUCAUAUAUCUCCGGCAAGCCGAGCACAUCGACCUUCUUUUCCGUAUGCUUGACGUAUACACCUGGCGCUGCCCAUCCGACCGCUUCGCACUGACUCGAUUUUACUACGAGACAAUCGCAAAGAGCACAGAUAUCGCGUUCAGAACACGCAUACUCAGUCGCUUCCUGGACAUAUUUGCCGACAAGACGAUGCCACAAUCUCAGAAGACUGCUGCUUUGCGAGUGAUCAUCAAUCCAAUGCUCUAUGUCGCCUUCUCCCGAGGUAACAGCGAGGCUGGCUUGGUCGACGCAGUGAUCAUCAAUAGAUUACAUGCGACUAUCUGGCAGCCAGGCUUAGAGCAUCCUGGCGGCUCGCCCGGCGGCCCAGAGGAAGCUCUUCUCAUUGAGCUGUUACACAUGUCGACCCUGAUCGUCCGACAUCGAUACUCGUCGAUCGCCGAGAACAAGAAGGACGUCAUCAAGUAUGGCUGGAAACAGAUCACAGUCGAGGAUAUCACGGUCAAGCAAUCGGCGUAUGCCCUCAUCGCUCAGUUUCUGGCCGUUUACGAAUCUCCAGCACGCAUUGUUCUCGUCAUCUGGAACCAUCUUUUGCGGGCGCAUCAACUCGAGGGUCGUGCUCUUGUCCGAGAGGCACUAGACGUGCUUGCUCCAGCGCUACCGUUCAGGUCGAAUCCAGAAGAGGAUCCACCUGGCUGGAUCGCCUGCACUCGCCGUGUGCUCGCAGAAGAAGGUCACAGCAGUGUGCCUCAACUAUCGCACAUCUACAACCUGUUUGCGCGACACUGCGACCUCUUCUUCCCAUAUCGCGGUCUCUUUGUACCCAACAUGGUCUCCUCAUUGAGCAAGCUCGCCUUCGGACCACUCAGCACUGUCGAGACGCGCGUCCUGACUGUCGACGUCAUUGAUAUGCUGCUGCAAUGGGAACGACGUCGAUUAGGCAAAUCUGUGCGGCCUGAAGGCGCCGAGAUGGAGUCUCUAAAGACGCCUACUUCUGAUACGUCUGUGCCUAAGCGGGGUCGCGCAGGUUCUGUAGCUGCAUCGAGCGCAGGCCUCGCGUCCGGCAAUUCAAAUGCGUACAGUAUACCACUGCCGAACCGUGACACAAUUAUCAGCACGCUCAUUCGCUUAGUGGCUUUUGCUUCAGAGCCGAUUUCGCGGGGUGGUGUCGCCGCCCGAGCAAUGAAUCUACUCAAAGAGUUCCUUGGCGGUGGCAUCUGGGACGACGUCAGCCCAAAGCUUGCCUGGUUCAGCCGGACACUUACGAAUGCAGAGAUCAAUGAGCAGACUCUGAACACCCUCUGCAAUACGAUCGAUGUUCUCUGCGUCGUCCAGUCUUUCCGGCCUGACGCUUGGGUGCUCGACAAUCUCGGCACGAUGAUCAAGAUCAUCGAGAAAGUCACGUCAGCAUCGGAGGUCAGAUUGCACGUGUCCCUGCGACCGAUCCUCGAACGGACCUUUGAGAUCCUGCCUCAGCGUGACUCCAAAGGAGAGGAUGAGAAGAUGACGAUGGCGGACGCCAUCACCGAUGAGGAUGAUGAUGUCGUUAGGUUUACUAAGUGGGCGACGAUGACAAUCAAUGACGGUCUGCGCAGCCUUAGCAACAUCCAAGGCACCAUUGUCAUUCUACAGGCAUGGGUCAAGCACAAGCCUGAAGUUACCGACGAAUUCCUCGGCCCUCUUAUCCGCGUACUUACGCGCAUGACGAAAGAGCACUUUGCUACUGCCAAUACGCCCGCCUUUGAAGGCACUUCACGCAUCUUGAUGUCUACCCUCGAGAUCCUCCGCAGACGGGUCUCGCAUCUUGGUGAGCAGAGGCGCUGGCUGCUUUCGGCACUUGUGCAAAUUGUCGAAAAGUCGCCAAGCACAGAAGUAUGUCGAUUCGUGCUCGAAAUGAUGUCAGUAUGGAUCAAAGAGCGCAAAGAAGCGUAUCCGACUGUUCGCGAGAAAGCCGGCAUCUUGUCAAAGAUGAUGACCUUCGAAAAUCGACACGAUGACGCGCUACUCAAAGACUUCUUGCAGCUUAUUCUGGACAUUUACACCGACCCAGCGCUCGCCCGGACUGAGCUUACUGUUAGGCUCGAGCAGGCAUUCUUGCUCGGCUGUCGCAACAGGGACGCGACGAUCCGCACGCGUUUCCUGGAAGUUUUCGACCGCUGCAUCGAUCGCUCGCUGUUCAGUCGAUUGUACUACAUCCUCGGAGUGCAGAAUUGGGAGUCUAUCGGCGAGACAAAUUGGAUUCACCAGGCGCUUGACCUUCUGCUCGGUGCGGUAGAUGCGAAGCGCAAGCUGUUCGCUGGCCUUGCGCCAAGUCCGGUACCCAAUCAAGCCUUCGUUGACGCGCUCGCUGAAUACGAAGUCGGCGGUCUGGUCAAUGCAGCGCGUAGACUGCUCUAUGCGGACGCGACUACAACGCAUGUCAUGUGGAUCUCGACGUUCAAAGCCGCUUGGCCUUGCAUCACUCGUCGCGAGCAGACGGAUAUGACGCGCUUCAUUAUCUCUUUGCUGGGCAAAGAAUGGCACACGAAGAAUCGCGAUCGUCGACCCAACGUCAUCCAGACAAUUUUGAGCAGCGCACAGGCGUGCUCACCGCCAGUGGCGCUGCCACCUCAUCUUGUGCGCUACCUUGGCAAAUCUUUCAAUGCGUGGCAUGUCGCUCUGGAGAUCAUGCAAGAUGUCGUCGAGGACCCGCGCGAGGAUGACGUAGUGCGCGACUGCACUUGCGACGCACUUGCGGAGCUCUAUUCGGACCUGUCCGAGUACGACAAUUUCUAUGGUCUUUGGCGACGUCGAUCGUAUUAUAACGAAACGAAUGCUGCCAUCUCAUUUGAACAGCACGGCUUGUGGCAACAAGCACAGGUUCAGUAUGAGGCAGCCCAAGUCAAGGCACGGUCAGGCGCUAUGCCAUUCACAGAGUCGGAAUAUAACGUCUGGGAGGAUCAUUGGGUGCUCUGCGCACAGAAGCUUCAGCAGUGGGACAUUUUGACCGACUUAGCAAAGCACGAAGGCAAUGCUGACCUCUUCCUGGAGUGCGCAUGGCGGCUGUCAGACUGGCAAAGCGAUCGCGACUUUAUUGAGCAGUCGAUCGAUAACAUGGAGUCUCAGGCCACGCCUCGCCGACGAACAUUUGAGGCUUACAUGGCGUUGGUGAAGGUACAGGCUGGCAUAGUCACGCCCGGCGAAGAAAAGAAGACCGAUGCUCAGCGCUUGUGCGACGAGGGCAUCCAGCUUGCACUUCGCAAAUGGUACUAUUUGCCAGACAUUGUCUCUGAGGCACAUCUGCCUUUGCUACAUGUGUUUCAGCAAUUUGUCGAGCUGCAAGAAGCAUCUCUCAUGUUCAACAGCCUAUCGCAAACUACUGCACAGAAUCUCGAAGCCAAAUCGGCCGAAAUCAAAGGCACUUUGCAGACGUGGCGCGAACGUCUGCCAAAUCUUUGGGAUGAUGUCAAUAUCUGGAGUGAUCUCGUGGCUUGGCGUCAGCACGUCUUCUCUGCAAUCAACAAAGCUUAUCUGCCACUCAUCCCUGCGCUCACGAGCGCGAACGGCGGUGGCUCAGCAGCAAAUUCACAUGCAUAUCGCGGUUACCAUGAGACAGCUUGGAUUAUCAACCGAUUCGCUCAUGUUGCUCGAAAGCAUCAUUUGCACGAAGUUUGCAUCACUUCGCUCACAAAGAUAUAUACACUGCCCAACAUCGAAAUCCAGGAGGCCUUCCUGAAGCUUCGAGAGCAAGCAAGGUGUCAUUACCAAAGUCCCACGGAGCUCAACCAGGGCCUCGAAGUCAUCAACAAUACGAACCUCAUGUACUUCGGCCCGGCGCAGAAAGCGGAGUUCUUCACGCUCAAGGGCAUGUUCCUCGCACGACUUAACUUGCAUGAGGAAGCAGCGCAAGUGUUCAAUCAAGCGGUGGGUACAGAUAUGUCCUUCCCGAAAGCAUGGGCAGAAUGGGGCGAGUACCACGACAGAAUGUUCAAAGACAAUCCGAACGAUCUCAACAUGGCAGCCAACGCCGUGUCUUGCUACUUGCAGGCCGCCGGGCUCUACAAAAAUGCUCGAGCUCGUAAGAUACUUGUCAGAAUACUUUGGCUGCUCAGUCUCGACGACAAUAGCGGGACGGUGGCCAAAGCAUUCGAUCUCUACAAAGGCGACGUACCUGUAUGGUACUGGAUCACGUUCAUACCGCAAUUGCUCUCCUCGCUCUCGUAUCGAGAAGCCCGAUAUGCUCGCAUAAUCUUAAUGAAGAUUGCCAAGACUUACCCACAAGCGCUGUUCUAUCUGCUCAGAACAACUAAUGAGGACCUCAGCGCAGUCAAGCGACAACAAAUGGCAGCCAAGGCUCGCGAAGCUGCAAAGAAAGACGAAGAGGCGAAGAUCUCGGCUGCUGCAGCUGCUACGAACGGCACGGGCACUGAGUCAGGCCCUAUACCAGAUGCAAGCAAAGCGACAACGCCUGCACCAGCUUUGCCGGUGCAAGCUGCUGCAGGCAUUCCGACCUCGGUACCACCCGGCGUUGUACCAAACCAACCGAUCGCGCCUCGUCAACCAUGGGAGCAUGUCGAGGAGAUCAUGUCCAUCCUCAAGACUGCCUUCCCACUGCUUACGCUCACGAUGGAGAUGAUUGGGGAUCAAAUUCAGCAGCGUUUUAAGCCGACGCCAGAGGAGGACAUCUUCAGGCUAGUCAGCGCGCUUCUCAAUGACGCUCUUCAACAAUUCAUCGCUCGAGCUGCAUUUGUCGAUGAUGACGGCGCCCUACCUCAGCCGACCGUGCAGAACGUUGCCCGGUUCGCAGAGAAUUUGCAUCCCGGCCCGCUCAAGACGAACUUCGAGCGCGACUUUUUGGCUUCGAAGCCGAAUUUGCAAAGCUAUGUCGCACGAUUGCAGAGAUGGCGAGAUCGAUACGAGGUCGUACUCGAUCGCAAAGCAAAACGUCACAAUCUGGAAGUCUGCUCGCAUUGGCUUGUCGAAUUCCAAUAUCAGAAGUUUGACGAAAUCGAAGUACCUGGACAGUACCUCAAGUACGAGGACAGCAAUAUGAAUUUCGUCAGGAUUGGACACUUCCAGUCCAAAUUCGAUGUCAGCAGACUUUCGGGCAUCUGCACACGCCGCCUUACUAUCGUCGGUCACGAUAGUAGCUUGCACUCGUUCGCUAUCCAGCUACCAGCUGCGCGACAUUCGCGUCGCGAAGAGCGAAUCAUGCAGCUUUUCCGCAUGCUCAAUUCACCAUUGACACGUAGGAAAGAAUCGAGGAAGCGUAAUGCUUUGUUUACGGUCCCGAUCGCUGUGCCACUCGCGCCUCACGUCCGCUUGCUCGAGAACGAUGCGUCCAUUGUCAGCUUGCAAGACAUAUACGAGAACUUUUGCCAUGAACGUGGCAUCGGCAAGGACGACCCUAUCAUUCAUUACGCUGAGAAGCUCAGACGACUUGCACAAGCCCACGCUGCUGUUUCACGAUCGACACCUCAGCGUCUGAACACAGCCGCGACGAAGCUCGAAGCGUACGAAGAAGUACGAACGAAGAUGUUCCCCGACACGGUCUUGAAGAAUUACAUGGCGCGAUCAAUGGUAUCCGCGAGCGAUCUCUGGCAUCUCCGCAAGCGAAUGACGCAGCAGCUGGCCAGCUUUAUCUUUAUGACCUAUGUCUUCAGUAUGGGAUCUCGGCUACCUUCGCGCAUCCUCUUCUCGCGAGUCAACGGUGGCUUGCACACUUCUGAUAUGCUGCCGACCUUAUCGCCUCAAGCGCCCGAAUUUGCCAAUAACGAGGCUGUCCCAUUCCGGUUCACGCCGAGCAUUCAGAAGUUCAUCACAGCGGUAGGUACAGAAGGCCUGCUGACCUCUUCUCUCAUGGCAAUCGCUGGGGCGCUUACGGAGGAAGAGGACGAUCUCGAGCAUCGGCUGUGCAUCUUUGUGCGCGAAGAAGUCAUUGCCUGGCACCACAUGCAGCACAAGACCCUGCAAGACAAGCUCGUACGCGCAGCCACGGUGUCCAACGUCAAGAACAUCGUUCGGCGCGCUCAAUUGCUCAGUUGCAAGAUCGAUCGCGAGAAUCAGCCGCUCGGCGUCGUGCCCGCGAACCAGACCAUCCUCGAGCUGCUCAGCUACAGCGCGAAUCCACAGCGACUCAGUGCUAUGGAUCCCAUCUGGCUACCAUGGCUGUAGACAUUCCUUCUGUUGUACAUUGCACGCGAAAAAGCAAUCACGUGAUUUGCUCCGCUGCGUCCAGACCACCAGAGACCAUUGCAGCGGUGAUCUCCUCUCCCGCACGCACUCACAACAUGAUACUUGUAGUCUGGCAUUCUCAGCUACGACUGCGAUCUGUGACGUCGGACGACCGUUUGCAAAGCACUCGCAACUUGCUCGGCCUCGGCUCGUGACGUAAGUUCAGCAGAGCUCGAGCAGAUUGGGAGCAUCUAGCGCAAUGUUAGCAUUAGCAGUCAAACAAAUGUAGGCAUGACGGUACGCUGGUAGUCUCUCGCUGCACAAUCGCGCGAACAGGCAAGAGCUAUACAGCAGAGGGUAGCGUUGGCGACUUCGGC